UCGACCAGAGAACUUCCGGUGGUAUAAAAAUUGCCACGAGUUAGCAGCGGAAUCGGAGAGUAUCCAUCUUGAUAAGCAGCCUCCGUAACAUUAAUUUUUACAGCGAUCAACAUGGCUGACGCUGAGCAUCAGUUCAUGGAGACCUCCGAAAAUGGUAACGAAGGCGAGGAGGACCUGAACGGAACGGAGCAACCAGAGCCCGAGACAGAGGAACCGGAGGCAGAGGCAGACGAGAGCUGCACGGCAGAGGGAGAUGAAGUAGCAUUAGCAGCAGAGGAGGAUGAGGAAGAAGAAGAGGAUGUGGCCACUGUGGAGGCACAGGCCGAGGCAGAGGAGGAGGCCGAGGCUGAAGGCGAGGGAGAAGGAGAAGGCGAGGGAGAAGGUGAAGGAGAAGGCGAGGGAGAAGGCGAAGGAGAAGGCGAGGGAGAGGGAGACUCACAAAAUGGAGCGGGCGAGGGGGGACAGAUAAAUGCAAGCAAAGGCGAGGACGACGCUGGGAAAAUGUUUGUCGGUGGGCUGAGCUGGGACACUAGUAAAAAAGACCUGAAAGACUACUUCUCUAAGUUUGGGGAGGUGGCAGACUGCACAAUCAAGAUGGACUCGAACACGGGCCGGUCACGAGGAUUUGGCUUCAUCCUCUUCAAAGAAGCUGCAAGUGUAGAUAAGGUGCUUGAACAGAAGGAACAUAGACUAGAUGGUCGACAGAUAGACCCAAAGAAAGCCAUGGCCAUGAAGAAAGAGCCUGCUAAGAAGAUUUUUGUAGGAGGUCUGAACCCAGAGGCCUCAGAGGAUACCAUCAGAGAAUACUUCGGAGCCUUCGGAGAGAUCGAAACCAUAGAACUUCCUGUUGACCCCAAGUUUAAAAAGAGGAGGGGUUUCAUCUUCAUCACCUACAAAGACGAGACCUCUGUCAAGAAGUGCCUGGAGAAGAAGUUCCACACCGUCGAGGGCAGCAAGUGUGAGCUGAAGAUCGCCCAGCCUAAAGAGGUGUACCAGCAGCAGCAGUAUGGAGGCCGGGGCGGCGGCAGGGGGGGUCGCGGUCGUGGGGGUCAAACUCAGAAUUGGAACCAAGGCUACAGUAACUACUGGAACCAGGGCUACGGUAACCAAGGUUACGGCUAUGGUAGCCAGCAGGGCUAUGGAAACUACGGUGGCUACGGGAACGACUACUACUCUUCCGGUUACUAUGGCUACGGGGGUGGAUACGACUACAACCAGGGAAAUACAAGCUAUGGGAAAACUCCAAGACGUGGAGGCCACCAGAGUAGCUACAAGCCAUACUGAUCACAUGUAGUGCAGGACUCAAGUAACUGAGUGAGAGACUGUGAUGAACGGCAACUAAGACAAGUAUGAUGAUGCAGGACUUGACACUCGACUUUGUGACAACAGACCAUUUGUACAGACCAUCUGAUGAACUGGGGAAGCAAUGUCACUUUUCCACGUUUUUAUUUUAGUCCUUUUUCCCUUUGUUUUUUUUGUUUCUUUUUUUUUUUCCGGUCCACAUUUCCAGGAAUGGAAGUGUAAUUUUUACUGUACUUUUUGGUACCUUUUUUGAAUCUAAUGUAUUGUAAUGGUUGUAUUUUACAUGUCUACUGGAUUUACAUGAGAAUCUGAAGCCAACUGAGCUUUUGAAAUAAAACAAUUUUGAGUAA